AUGGUGCUGGUUGGGAAGACUGGCAGUGGUAAGAGUGCCACUGGAAACACCAUUUUGGGGAGGAAUGCUUUCCAUUCUAAAGUCAGCAUAAAGUCAGUAACCAGACUUUGCAAGAAAAAAGAGGGAGAGAUUGACGGGGAGGCCUGUUGUUGUGGUCGACACCCCGGUUUGUUUGACACAACUCUGUCCAAUGAUCAAGUCAAACAGGAGCUUGUAAAAUGUGUCAGCAUGUUGGCUCCUGGUCCUCAUGUGUUCUUACUGGUGCUGCAGAUUGGUCGCUUUACACAGCAGGAGAAAGAAACUGUGGAUCUGAUAAAGAGGUUUUUUGGCAAGAAGUCAGCAGACUUCCCCAUGGUUAUAUUCACCAGAGGAGAUGAUCUUAAAAAUCAAACAGUUGAGAGUUACAUUGAAGAAGACAGUGAGGACUUUGUCAAAAAGCUGAUAAAUGAAUGUGGAGGACGAUACCAGGUCUUCAAUAACAAUGAUCAGAAAAAUCGCUCUCAAGUCAGCCAGCUGCUGACCAAGGUGGAGUCAAUGGUGAGGAAAAAUGGCAGCAGCUACUACACCUCAGAGAUGUUCCAAGAGGCUGAGGCAGCCAUACAAAAGGAAAUGCAGAGGAUACUGAAGGAGAAGGAAGAGGAGAUACAGAGACAGGAGCAGGACCUUUAAAAGACAACAUAAAGAAAAACUGCGAGAGAAGGAGAAAAAAAAUUGAACAAG